GCGGUCACAGCGGGGACAUGAGUGUUCCUGUGCCACCGUCCCCGGACGGGGUCCUCACCGGGACCUCUGACAGUCUGGAGGCCGGCGAGCCCACGCCGGGUUUGAGUGAUGCUUCUCCAGACGAAGGGCUGAUAGAGGACUUCGCUGCAGAGGAUAAAGCUGUGGGGCAGCUGGUGGGAGGCCUGCUGUCCCACUACCUACCAGAUCUGCAGAGGUCGAAGCAAGCCCUGCAGGAACUCACACAGAACCAAGUCGUGUUAUUAGAUACACUGGAACAAGAGAUUUCAAAAUUUAAAGAAUGCCACUCCAUGCUAGACAUCAAUGCUUUGUUCACGGAGGCGAAGCACUACCAUGCCAAGCUGGUGAACAUAAGGAAAGAGAUGCUGAUGCUCCAUGAGAAGACAUCCAAGUUAAAAAAAAGAGCACUUAAGCUCCAGCAGAAGAGACAGAGAGAAGAGCUGGAAAGGGAACAGCAGAGGGAAAAGGAAUUUGAAAGAGAAAAGCAGCUGACAGCCAAGCCAGCCAAAAGGACUUGAGAAACGAGUUGUGGGGUUUUCUGCCCUGCCAUAUUCCCUGGGUCCCCAGUGGGGUACGAGAGGGUUCGGAUGGUGCCUUAUGCCAUGGGCAUGUUUGAAAUCCUUCCCAGGGUUGCCAUGUCUCCGUGACUUCAUUUCAUUUCACUCAAGAAGCCUUGUUUUUCAUAUUUUCAACUUUUGCUUAAUUGUAAAAUUUAUUAUUUUUAUCUUAAAUCAUUUGUAAACUGGAAAAUACUUCCGUUAUGGCAAGAGUCAGGGCACUAGUUCAAAGUGAGUGCAGUGUUUGAACUUCUUGAGAAUCAGUUUUAAAGUUUCUGUUUCUCUUCUCAUGGUGACAGGCCUUUCUUGCACUGCAACACUGAUUUUUGACAAUUGCUUUUCUUUGCCUAAAGAGAAAUUCCAAUUGUCUGAUCAUAAAUCUGGGAGGGAAGCCGCCUUUGUGAAGACACAGGAAGUGUGUGUACCCUGGAAACACCAGCUCCUUAGAUGUGGGUGAGGAGAGGGGUUGCCAGAUGGAUUCUUCCAGCCAUUCAGUUUUUCAGGGUUGGUGCUUUUGUAGAUUUUGGGUUCUAAGCAGGAUUCCAUCCAUUCCUGUGCAGUGAUGGUGGACCCACCAGAUGCUCUGCACACACUUAUGCUGAGUCAUCACAUGAGGAGAGCAUGUCUGUGCUUUUUCUUUUUUCUCAGAUGAGGUCUCUCCAAAGCCCUAGCUGUCCUGGCACUCACCAUUUAGACCAGGCUGGUCUCAGACUCACAGAGAUCCAUCUGCCUCUUAUUCCUGAGUGCUGGGAUUAAAGCUGUGGGCCAUCAUGUCUGGCUCAGUGCUUUUAGAAGUAGAACACAACCUGAUGUUGCUCAUGUGUAAUUACAGGGUCGGUGGAAUGUCAGUAAAUAGUAUGCAGAAGACGCAGCACAAUACCUUUAGUUCCAUUCCUGAUGUUAUAUGUGGGCACUUACUCUGUAGGGCAAAUGAAGUUUCAUUGUUAGAAAUCAAGGCUAUUAGUACAUAUUUCCAUGUUAGUAUUUUGUCUGCAGCUGGGUUCUAACCCUAUUGUGUGUGAGCAGUCCAGAACUACAAAGGUGUCUGAGUAGAAUGUAAGUCUUUAAUGUUCCAUGUUACACUUUUAGUAAACGGAAAUCACUGCUGCUGGUUAUAUACUGGGAGAAUGAUAAAGAGGCCAUUAGAGAUGAACGAUGUUAAGAACUCGUUUAAAGGUUUAACUCCUUUGAAAGAGCCUUUUCCUUUAAUGAACGAAUUGCCAUCCCACAAGUCACUGCUCUUGACCUUCUCUUUAAGAAUACAAGUGUGUCUACUUGAAAGACUGUUAUGUGUACCCUUAGUCACUUGCUGUCACUCCCAGAGCAGAAGUCACUAGGACUUGCAGGACAAUGUCAUUAAAUUACAGAAUGUACUGUUAUAAUAAAAUAUCUGACAUCUGACAAAGGCUGUAGAUUGUUUUUCAUGGUGACUUUAGACAGAUGGUGUUGUUUGUUUAAAAUACUGUUCCUGGACACGUCCCUCAGUGAAUCUGUUCUUUGUUUGGCUUGGUGUGUCUUCCGGUGAUUCUGGUGUGCCUUAAAGGCUGAGAUGCCUCCAGUCUAGUCACCUUCAGGAUUUCCCACAUUAAGGCAUUUGCAGUUGGGAACUGAUAACUCUGACGCAGGGAACUGGUAGUAUGUAUAGAUUGUGCACUGACUUACAUUUAUAAGCAUUGGAGUAGUUUCAGAGCUACUCAGUAAUUUGUGAAGUUAAUCUUAAAUAAAUUAUUCACUACUGCUUUUGGUAUGUAAUCAAAUUUAAAACCAAAUCAACCUUUGUGACAGUAAAUGAAAAGAGACCUGGUUAAUUAAUUGAAUUUUUGACCUGCAUUAAAAUAAAUCAUGUUUAAUGAAUGAA